GGGGUGUGUUGAGCACGUGGACCAGUGAUGCGCUUUGACCGUUCGAUGCUCAUAUGAAUGACAACUUACGUGAAACUGUCCUUACCGCUAUCUCGCUCUCCCUCAAAGGACACAUUUUAGCACAGAAAUGACCUUUAAGCAUUGAAAUACGGAUAGAAAGGCGAGUAUUGUUGCUGUUUUUGCUACUGAACUUUUAGUUUGUUUAUUAGUCGUUAUUCGGUAAUUUUUUGAGUUUAAGCUAGCCGGUUAGCCGAGUCUCAAAACAUCGCGAGAUUUCAAAUCAGGACCACUUCCUGGAGGGCUGCCUCCUUGUUGUCAAGUGUCUGCCUGCGCAUGAUGUACACCAUCACUAGAGGUCCUAGCAAACUGGUCACCCAGCGCCGCACAGGGCCCACACAGCUGCUCGACAACAAAAGCAACGACUUCAAGCACAAGCAAACGUCCUGGAGUUUGCCCGAGCUCCCUGCACCCAAGAUUGUGUUUAACCGCCCCAACGGCAAGAGGUACCAUCAGCCUCCCCCGAGUCUACCCGCAGAACCCCAGCAGGACGGGGGACUAACGGCCGCCCACGAGGACAACGUGCAGUUUGUCCAUGAAGCCUGGCAGGAAGUGGUGCAACAGGAGCAGGGGUCCAACCGGGGAACCGAGGAGACAUGUGGAGUGGUCCACUAUGAAGACAACACUCCAAACUUUAACCUGGACAACUUCGUGCCCAUAGAUCUGGAUGAGUGGUGGGCCCAACGCUUCCUCGCCAACAUAGACAAACUAUCCUGACAUUUGUAAGGGGUGUGGAUCUUGGCAAGGCAGGUCAGCAGCCCCAAAGCAGGAAGUGUCGCUGGCAGAAGAGACAGCAUGGCCAGGCACCCUGCUGUGGUUCAAACAGACUGAUGGCACUGAGAUGUUCAGCGGUGGCGCAGAAAGCACAGACUUAAACUGCAGCCAUAACAAGCCUUCAGACUGGAAGACUGGACCACGUUGCUCAGCACACUUUUCAGAUGCAGUAAAAGAUUCUACAGAAUUCUCAAGAGGCUUCUUACUUAUUU